AGGCAUCUGUAGUCAGAACGUAAUCCCCCUUACAGUAUACUGUUUCCUACACUAUCUAGCACUGCUCAACAUGUCUUUGCUUUCCAUGAUCCGGGUCGUUCCUUUGUAGUGUGCACCUUGGCCACAACCUUCACGUAGCAACAACGCUUGUGUAGUUAUUCCGCAUGCAAAAGAGAAGCACAAUGUCGAUUGGCGGGCGUGUGAAAGAGGCACUCGUACUCCUCUGCGCUGCAACGGGUAGCUUUUCGCCCGAGUCCUGUCAAAUCGCGCACGCCUUCACGUUUUCCCGGAUCGCGUUGGAGAAGGGGAAAAAGCGGAAAGCCCGUAUCAUCAGUGUGUCGAAGACUGGGCAUGAGAAACACGACGUUGGCGAUUCUCCGCACCAGCCAGAGCACCAGGGAAGGGAGCACCCGGGAAGCGAGCAGGAAGAGUUUCGGGAACCGAGUUCGCCGGAGGUGGACGUGGCUAACCUGAGUUUGCUGAAAGAAUCCACUUCCAAUGAUUUGCAGAAGAUGGAAGAGCAGGAGGGUCCGGUUGACAAUGAAACUCUGAAUCCAGAGGAAGUGGUCGGGUCGGAAGACAUACAAUUACAAAGAGUACGCGACGAGCGGGGAGAAACGAGUCAGUUGGAGUUAGGAGAACGAGAAAGUACCAACGCGGGCAACGUGAGCCAGAAAGAAACUUCUCUUUCUGAAGAUCAAGACCGCAAGGACGUUGCUCUAACACAUCUAGACGCGGCACCGGAAACGCAAAGAACUGAGCAAAGCACCACCGAGGACGAGGAUCAGCACUUCUUUCAAGCCCUAGAUCACGUCGCAGACGAACGUCAGAAAAGCACCAGCGAGGAGAAAGCGCAAUUUUUCGCGUUCGCCUCGUCCUGGUUUCAGUUCUCAGUGCAAAGUGCGGCGGCUAUCAAGGCCCGGGUGACGAGACUCGUGGUAACGGGGCAGCACGAAGAACAGUCGGAGACACAUUCGCAGCACCAGAAACACGGGGAAAAGAAAGAAGAAUCCGGUCGUGUCGAGGAGAUGAAGCAAAAAAACACGAAGGGUGGUAGCGCGACAGCAGCUCUGACGAGGGAAAGCGAGGUUGCUGGGCCCGCGGAAACAGGACCGGCAGGAGGAAACAAAGAGGAGAAGAAUAGUAGCCAGCCUCCAGCGGACGAAGGAUUGUCGCGGGGCUGCAUCUGUUUCCUAAUUUGCUGCGGGAUCUUUGUGGUCUUCGCAGCUUUAGUCCUCGGGCUUCAGUCCAUCACCCCCGCCUCGGCAGGCACUGCGGCGGCCGGGUCUUUUGGUUCCGGCGUGGCGUCGCUGCCCUCUGGAGAUUCAAGUCGCGAGCCGAAACUCGGGAGCGGGCAAGAGGGUACUACGUCCAGCUUAGCCAUUUACGCCGCUGCGGCCAACCGAUCCGGUAGAGGUAAGGCGCCUGCAGCGGCUGCUACAGCCGACUCCCCCAAGGCGGAAGGGAACAAGGGCCCGCAGCGAAAAACUGUACAGGAGCGAAGAAAAACGCUGGCACAGGUACACGCAAAAAAGAACUUCUGGGGAGGGGGGAGCAACGCCUCGCCGCUUAUGUAAGUAAGAGAGCCGUCUGUAGUGCGGCUUUGAGUUGUAAAAUACGAAUUUUUCGAUUUCGAGACGAACUACUUGUCUAUCAGCGAGCACUGUGGAUUUUUUGCCAAGCGUUUCUGCUGAAAUUCAUCCACUCACGUAGCAAAAAAAAGUAGGCAACGUUGUCCUGUGCGCAACAUUUUAGAAUUUCGAUGCCUGAGGUAUUCGAGAACUUCAAGAGCGCGCACUCAGGAACAUCGGUCAUCUUUGGUUCUUUUGUGAUCGAAAGAUACAAAUUCAUACGGUGGCUUCGUAAAAG